CUCAAUGCAGCGCAGGUCAAGUCUUCACAGGUCUGGUCCCGUCUUACUGUAUCGCACCUUUGAUAGCUUUCCAAAGUGCGAGCGCUCGAGCUGUUCGGGACCACGGUCAGGCUACUCUCCUCCGAGGCUCAUUUUCCCCGAAUUGCCCGUCAGGAUCAUGAUAGCUUCCCCUUAGUAACGUUGUUGUUAUAUUUAUCUUAUGCAGACAUCGAGAUACAUCGAGGCGUCAACGGAGGGGACGCGCAUGCUCGGUUCCUCUCGAUUCCCCCCACUGAGGUCUCUCCUCAGUGUUCGCGAAGUCGGCGCCGCUCGCCGGGCUCAUCCCAAAUUUUGAUUAGUGUCUUGACACACUCUUGCUUCGCCAGCAAUGCCUGACUGGUCUUCGCAGGAGGAGCUCUUCAGGGACACCCAGGUAUUCGUCAAGCUUCAGCACGCUUUACUUGGGCUGUAUGCCUGGGAGUUCCUCUUCUCGCUGGACUUUGAAUGGGCUUUGCUCACUAGAAAGACGAAGUUCAAAUGGCCGCUGAUGUUCUACUUUGUCAAUCGCUACGUGUUGCUGUUUGCGCUCAUUGGACUUGCCAUUGCGCUUGAUACGAGAACGGCGAUCAAUUGCCGAGUGCUCUAUGCGUAUAUCCAAUUUAUGGGCGGCGCAGCUACAGGCCUAAGCAGCGUCAUUUUAUCCAUGCACACCAUCGCCAUUUGGUCUCGUAACAGAUGGAUUGUUACCCUCCUCGCGCUCAUCAUCAUCGGCCACUGGGUCGUGAUUUUCCGAGGUGUUAUACUUACUGCUAAUCAUACCCCCGGCGAUGGCUGCCAGAUCGUCAAGGAAAAGACGGUCAUCCUGGCUGCGGUGUUCAUCUACGCAACGUGUUUCGACCUUAUCGUCUUCUUCCUCUCAGGGUACAAAGUCGUGCAGCUUGUCCGUCGCAAGGGGAACAUCGGUCCUCAAUGCCUCACCAAGAUGAUGUUCGAUGAUGGCCUCGCGUACUUCUUCUGUGCAUUUGUUGUCAACGUGAUCGCGGUCGUGUUUAUGGAGCUCAACUGGAAUCCAAUCAUGGGAGUUAUCUUUAACGUCCCGGCAACUGUUGUAUCCACCAUUGUUGCCUCUCGUGUCGUUCGCUGCCUCAGCGAUUUUAGCUUGGAGCCUGAAGUCAUCCCUGCGCCUUCACGACUUUCCUCCAACCUUGUGUUCCGCACCAUUGACAUGCCAGGUAUGGCCAGCCGCUCUGGCUCGACGAAGGUUGGCCAGCGCAGCCGCCCGACAAGCGUUCACGUCGAGAUGGAAACGUUCAGUCGCAUGGAUAGCGCCGAGGUGGACCAACACUCAGAUACGGGCUUGAGUCUCAUAGGCGUAGCGGUAUCCACGGAUGCACAGAAUCUGGAAAUGUCAGACGCAUGAGUAUGGAGCCGGCAACAAGCCCCACGCCGAUUUUUGUUGCGGCUUUUGAUCAACAAAGCCACAGCAGAGGGCCGUAAUGAUCGGUGGACAGGUGUGUUGAUAUCUUUACGGUAGUAUACCAGCAUGUACUGGUUUGCUAUUAGGAGCACAUCAUCCAACAAUAAC